AUGCUUUCAGUGAUCACAGUGAUUAGGACAGUGAUGCUCAUUGUAACAUGGCCAUGUGGGACCAUCCUGAACUCAUCCAUUAUAACUGUCUAUCUCAGCGACUGGAAGAAGGGAGUGAAACUUGGGGAGUGUGAUCAGAUCAGUCUCAGUAUGGGGUGCAACAAUCUGCUCUUUCAGUGUGUCAUUGCUUUUCUAGAGGCAUUCAUCUCAUAUGGACUAUACUCUCCGAUAGCAGAAAUUGCCAUUUAUGUUGUCAAUAAUGUGGCCUUUUUUUCUUUUUGUUUUUCAUUUUGGCUCACUGCCGGUCUUUCCAUCUGUUACUGUCUGAGACUGGUCCAUUUCUCGCUUAAAUUCUUUAUUCAAUUAAAAAGGAGACUGACUCGCACUGUUAUCCAACUCCUUCUGUGCUCAGUAGCAAUUUUAUUCAUGAUUACACUAUUUAUUAGUACAACUAUCUGGAUAUCAUACAGAGAAGGUAACCAAAAUAUAACAGCAAUUUAUCAUGAUAAUAUGUCUAAUGCUGGUUUUAAUUACAUGACCAUUGCUGUUACAGUUGGUAUCUGCCUGCCCUUCCUCAUUACUUCUAUUUGUAUUUUACUUUCUGUCAUAUCGCUGCUGAAGCACAUCUGGAGAAUGAAGCAGAAUACUCAGUUUGGGAAUCCUCAGCUGAAGAACCUUAUAAGAGCUUGUAGGACAAUGAUACUACUCUUGGCUCAGAAUUUUCUUUCUUUCCUGAUAUUUUUCACCUCAAUGAUAGCACCAAAUACCACUGGAACUAUAUGGGACAUGGUGUUCUUGUUAGGGAUCUUGUUAAACCCAUCAAGUCAAGCCAUCAUCCUGAUCUUUGGGAAUUCGAAGUUACUCAGCGCCUGGAGAAAUACAUUGCUUCCUCAGUGAAAGAGAAUCAAUCUAUGUUAUCUACGUUAUUUCUAUUUAAAAGAGAAAGGCACUAGAAGAGGUAAAAUGAUCUUACCCGACAUUUAUUGUGUUAAUGAACAUUAUGUAGAAAA